AUGACGGAGACAAAGGCUGUGGUGAAAUGCAGUAUCGUCACUGUGGUGGGAUUCUUGGGGAUAGUAUCGUUUGCUGCUGGUUUUGCUGCAGAGGUUACUAGAGUUAAGGCGUCUCAGGUUCGAAUUACUCGUUUUUCUGGGUGUGUAUACCCUUCGAGUCCAGCUAUGGCUCUUGGUUUGGUUGCAGCAGUGGCUCUUUUGAUAGCUCAAAUAAUUAUAAAUUUUUCAGCCGGGUUCCGGAUAAAACUCUUUGGUUCCAGUUUGAUUAUCGAUUGGCCUGUUACUAAAUAUUUACGCAUAAAAGCCGGCCAGCAUGAAUUAUUUACCUUGAGUUUCAAAUUCGAUCGAGCAUGCAGGAUCACAUUUGUGGCUGGGUUUAUUUUGUUGCUGGCUGGUGCUGCACUUAAUAAUGAACAUGAUGGAGAAAGCUCGUACUACUCUGGCUAUAACUCUUGCUAUGUAGUGAAACCUGGAGUCUUUGCAGGAGGUGCCAUUUUGUCCAUUGUGACUGUGAUUCUUGGCAUUAACUAUUAUCUCACCCUAAUUUCGUCAAACAACAGUAACAUCAUGAACAAUCCGUCCGGAAAUCCUUCUGCUACUUAUCAAGGAGGCCAAGGAGAGACAGCAAUAGCAAUGGGACAACCUCAGUUCCCACCAAAGAGUACUCAAUUAGAGCCUGUUGGCCCAUGA